CGAAGCCUGCCUUUCACGCCACCUUGUUCAGUCCUGUAUCGUGCGUGCCCUCUGUAUCAAGAUGGCCUCCCCGCAGGACAAACAGCCCACACCUCCUCCACCACUAUCAGCACAACCACAAACGGACGAGAAGCAAGACGCAAAGGGUAAUGAUGGCGAGACCAACGCGCCCACGGGGCUCAAAUUCGUAUUGCUCAUGCUGUCCGCAUUCUCAGCAAUGUUUUUAGUAUCCUUGGAUAAACUCAUCAUCUCGACCGCCAUUCCUCAGAUCACCAAUGACUUCCACUCCGAGGACGAUAUUGGUUGGUAUGGAACUGCCUACCUGCUUACGAAUUGUGCCUUUCAACUUGUGUUUGGCAAGCUCUACAAGUUCCUCCCCGUCAAAGUGACCUUCUUGUCGUCUCUGUUGGUAUUUGAGGCCGGCUCUGCCCUCUGUGGUGCAGCUCCCAACUCGGUUGCCUUCAUCUGGGGGAGAGCUAUCUCUGGCCUGGGAGCCGGCGGCAUCCUCCCCGGGGUUAUGGUUAUUAUUGUCUAUGCAGUCCCUCUUCACAAAAGGCCCAAGUAUCAAGGUGUUUUCGGUGCUAUAUUCGGCAUCGCUUCAGUACUUGGGCCGACUGUCGGCGGUGCUUUUACAACGUACGUUACCUGGAGAUGGUGCUUUUAUAUCAACCUUCCAAUUGGAGGUGUGAUCAUGGUGUUGUUGUUUUUCUUCCUCCACCUGCCCGAUCACCCGGGCUCCAACGUGCCUUUCAAGGAGAGGAUACGACAGGUCAACGCCCUGGGCUUCGUCUGCCUCGUUCCCGGCAUCAUUUGUCUCUGUCUCGUCCUACAAUGGGGUGGCACUACGUAUUCUUGGGGUGAUGGACGUAUUAUUGGCCUAUUCGUCGUCGCCUUUCUGCUCUUGAUCGGCUUCAUCUUGGUCCAGGUAUGGCUCCCAGACCAGGCCAUCAUGCCGCCGCGCGUCUUUGUGCAGCGCAGCAUCGCCGCAGGCUUCUGGUCAAGCUUAUGCUGCGGAGCACACCAAACCAUAUUCUUGUACUACCUCCCAAUCUGGUUCCAGGCCAUCCAGGGCAAGUCUGCCAACACCAGCGGUAUAGACCUCUUGGCCAUGGUACUACCCAUUGCUGCUAUGGCGCUUGCAAACGGUCAGCUGGUUUCCUAUACCGGAUACUACACGCCAUCCUUUAUAUUCGGCUGUUGCGUUGCUGCUGUUGGUGCUGGUCUGCUGUGUACCCUCGGGGUUCAUGCCUCGGAGGGUCAAUGGGUCGGAUAUCAGGUCCUGUACGGAUUUGGCCUCGGCUUCGUCUCACAGGCUCCUAAUAUGGCGGCACAGACGGUGCUGCCGAAGCAGGACGUGGCUAUUGGUGCAUCGCUCAUGUUCUUCGGGCAAACACUAUUCAGCGCAGUCUUCGUCUCGGUCGGACAGAACGUUUUUGACAACCAACUGCGAACCCGGCUCGCCAAGGUCCCGGGCCUUGGUUCCGUCCCCGUUCAAGACACCGGUGCCACGGACUUCCUCGACAGCCUGAACAACCAGAACCGCUCUGCGGCACUCGAGGCAUAUAAUGGAUCAUUGCGUACCGUCUUCGUGGUCGCCAUGUGUAUGGCCUGCCUCGCUAUCCCGGGCGCCCUUGCUAUGGAAUGGCGUACUGUCAAGAAGAAGGGUGGUCCAUCCCCUGCUGGGAAGGAAGGAACCCAGGCGAACGGCCAGGAGAUGUUGAAGGCCCCAGGAGAAGCCGGCAACCCAGAAUCAACUCCUGUCAAGACCGCCGACGAGGAGGAGGCGGUGGUACAGGAAGGCAGGAAAACAUCCGUGACGGCCUCAACAGGAGGCUCUGCCACCGUGCAUACUGCUCCCAAGGGCGAGGAAUAGACCGUGUUGCGAUGCCUGCACCUCAAGAGGAGAUUUCUAGGCGCGAGGGUUGCGACCAAGGUGAGGUUUUUGCGGCGAUGGCCGAGCAGGCUCUUGGCGGAUAGUAUGUUGAGAGCAGUGCCUGCUAAUACUGGAGGUGGUGGAGAAAGUGGCAGGCUCAAGACUUAAUUAAUCCUAAUGUUAGGUGCUAAGAAGAAUGGUGCAUGCGUCAGCGCGGCGAGAUAGGAGUUAUGGCCAUGCGACAUCACAUAAUUAGGGUCCUACCGGACACUUAGAGAGCCGGAUUUGUGUAUUAUAGAUUUGACCAACGCCACUCAGCGUCCAAUUUAGAAUAGUUAGGUGUUUCAUCGAGCUCCAGCGAGCUGUUUAUUCAUAUUAUCUCAGGCAGAGACGAACG